UGCAAAUUUAGCAGGAAAUAAUGAAAAUUCUUUAUAUUUAACUAUACCAAUUAUGUUCAUCCCUUUCAAUAACAAAAGUAAUCAAUGUUAUUGUUGUAAAAAAAACUAUUCUAAAACACUAUUGUUCGAACAAAAAUAUUGCAAGGAUUGCUUACAAUGGUAUAUUAAAUAUGCAACUAGUAAUACAGAUAGUAUUAAGACAGCAAUUGGUAACUUGGAUGUAUGUAUUAGAACAACUAAUACUAAUUGCGAUAAUCAUAAACCAAGAAAUUUGGAUUUUUGCAUUCGAGAGUGGUGUGAAAAUUGCUCUGAAAUUUUAUAUUUCAAACAAAUUGUCACAAAUCAGCGAUUUGAUUUUAAAAAUAUGGAUCAUUUUUUUAAAAAAAAUCGCAAAAAAUCAAUUUAUAAACAAAAUGUAUCAGAUAACUUUUUUGAGUUUAAAUUGUAUUCCAAUUAUUAUUCAAUUUCUUUUGAAUUUAUAGAAUCAACUUUGGUCAAAAAUCAUAUUCCAAUACUUCAUUUACCAUGGUGGGAUGCUCAUAAUCAAUGUAUAAUUUGCAAUUCAAAAUUAAAAUUUAAAUCAAAUUGUCAAAAAUGGUGCUCAAAUUGCUUUAUAAUUUAUACUGGGUGUAGAUAUUGUUUAACAACAAAUAUUAUUUUUGGAAAUACAGAAAAAUCUCAAUGUAUGAAAUGUAAAAGAUUGUCAUUAAUUGAUAUCAACAUGAAAAAUAUUAAAGAACACUUUUUAAAACUCAACACUUGUAACUAUAAUCAAAUUACUAAUUACGUGAAUAAUAUAGACAAGCAUUCUAAUCUACUGGAAAUAUAUAUUUUUAUAAAGAAGCUUGAGUACUUUGAUCUCAAAAUGUAUUCUCAAACAAUUGAAUAUUUAGAGAACAAUGAAGAUUAUUCAAUUAUGCCAAUCAUGUUCAUUCCUUUUAUUAAUGAUGAAGAUCGAUGUUAUUGUUGUAAAAACAUCUAUUCUGAAACCCUAUUCAAACAAAAGUAUUGCAAGGAUUGCUUAUAUUGGUGCAUUAAGUAUACUACUAGUAAUUUGAAUAUUAAAUGUGCAAUUGAUAAUUUGGAUGUAUGUGUAAGAACAACUAAUACUAAUUGUGAUAAACAUGAACCAAAAAAUUUGGAUUUUUGCAUUCAAGGGUGGUGCGAAAAUUGCACUGAAAUCUUAUAUUUCAAACAAAUAGUUACAAAACAGAAAUUUGAUUUUGGUAAUUUGGAUCAUUUUAAUGAAGAAACCUGUAGAUUAUGCAAAAAAUUAAUGUACAAACAAAAUGUACAAGAUGACUUUUUUGAGUUUGAACUAUGUUCCAAUUGUUAUUCAAUUUCUUUUGAAUUUUCAGAAUCUAUUCUAAUUCUUUAUUUACCAUGGUGGGAUGCUCGUAAUAAAUGCAUGAUUUGUCAUCAACCUCUAAAAUCAAAAUCUAGUUGUCAGAAAUAUUGUUCAAAUUGCCUUAUGGUUUAUACUGGAUGUAGGAUUUGUUUAACAACAAAUAUUAUUUUUGGAUAUAUUAAUCAAUCUCAAUGUAAAAGAUGCAAAAGAAUUGAAAAAAUUGCUUCUAUUGAUACCAUUGAUACCAUUGUUGUCGAUAAUGUCAGUGGAAAUUCUAAUAUAGACGAAUUUCUUAAUUUUACAAAGUUCAACAUGAAUAAUCAAGUUUAUGAUUAUGUUAAUAACUAGUGUACUUUUGGAUAUAGUGAGUGAGUUUUAUACUAAUACUACUAAUAAAUUAAUAAAAGAUUUUUUU